AUCAGUCCUCAUCCCUCUCCCAAGAAGUUGACAACAUUUGAGAUCGAUGGUUAAGGAAAUUAAAACCGAAACCAAAGUUGGUCAUGGGAUAGAACCCUUUUGGAAUGCUUUGUCCAAAAGAGUUCAGAUUUGUGGUUCCAAAAGUCGGAACUCAUCGAAGGAGAUGGUACCAGCAUCGGUACAGUCUUGCUCUUCAAUUUUGCCUCUGGUGAGUACUUCUGGUUUGCAGUGAAGAGUUUCUUGGACUUAACUUUGUGAUCUUACGUUCUUAAGAAAUUAUCGAUGUUUUUUAUGUCUUGUUCUUUUUUAUUGGGGACGAUCUUAGAUGCAUUUAAGAUAAACUACCAGAAGGAAAAGAUUGUGGAGCUUGAUGAAUCCGUGCAAGGAAUUGGGCUGCAAGUGAUCUGAACAUUGGGUUUUCUUCCUACAAAGUAAGUUUCCAACUUGCUGCAAUUCAGGAGCAGGAGACCCUACUGAAAGCUUCCGAUUCGAUUUGAUCGGAGAUCUCUUUCCGAGAUUCUUUCUUCGCCGUCCUCUCCGUCGGAAGCUUCUGAUUUCUCUUUGUGAUUCUGCGACGAUCUGAAAGUGGUUUUGGAGCUUCCUCAGCUCUUUUCUCUUUUUCUGGAUCUCUGGCUUCGUCGGUGUUCGUCUUGAUCACGUUAUUGUGUUCUUCUUCUUCGUCGACUCAGUGCUUAGUUACAGUCUCUCUAUUUUUUCCUCUCUCUGGUUUUCUCUGAUUUGAUCGUUGUUAUGGAUACAAGCUAUGUUGUCAAGUUUAUUUAUUCUGGUGAAGCAGCAACAGUUCCAUUGUUGCAUAAUUGGUCGUUUGUUGACCUAUGCAAUUCCAUACGCUCUCGUUUUCCGGAUUUGAUUCAAGGCAAUUUCAUGUUGAGGGCAGAGGCACCGAAGAGUUAUAUGACGAAAGGUUGGGAGAGUUAUAUUCAUUCUGAAGGCCAAAAGUUUGAGGGUGGGGUUGUUGAGUUUAGGGAUAAGCUGCGUAAGUAUGCCAUAGAAAUUGGCUUUUCAUAUGAGUUUGUUAGAAAUGACAAGGUUCGUGUUAUUGCUCAGUGUUCUAAGAAACAUUCUCAAGGCUGCAAUUGGCUUGUGAAGGCUCAUUUAUGCAGGGCUAAUGGUUUCUUUAUGAUUAAAAGGUUGGUUAAUGUUCACACUUGUCAUGGUGUGAUUCGUUUGCAGAAGAGUAAGAUGAUGGGAUCCAAGGUUGUCAAGUCUAUUGUGCUUGAUAAGAUUCGUGCCAAUCCAAACAAAAAGCCAAUUGAUAUAGCUGAUGAGAUCAAGAGUGAUUAUGGUUUGGAUGUUGCUUAUCGUACAGUUUGGUAUGGUACGGAGUUGGCAAAAACAGCCCUACAUGGUGAUGAAGCUGAGUCUUAUGCUCAGCUACUUUGGUUCAGUGAGUCUGUUAUGAAGUCAAACCCCGACUCUAGGAUAGUGGUUGAGUUUCAUCGAGAAACACACAGGUUUCAGCGUAUGUUUGUGACCUAUGGUGCAUGGAUGAAGGGUUUUCAAUCUUGUAGACCUAUUCUUUUCAUUGAUGCUACAUUCAUUACCAACAAGUACAAGGGGCAGAUUAUUGCUGCAUCGGCAAAGGAUGCCAAUCAAGGCUUGUAUCCAGUUGCUUAUGCUAUUGUGGAUUCUGAAAAUGAGAGUAAUUGGAGAUUUUUUCUUGAGGUUUUGGCUGAAGAGUUUGCAAAACACCCUAUGAGGAGGGUGACGUUUAUUUCUGAUCGUCAUGUUGGGCUUGUUAGUGCUUUCCCUAGAGUGUUUCCCAAUAAUCCACAUGGGUUUUGUUUUAGACACCUGAUGGCUAACCUUUCUGACAAAUUUCCAGCUGGUUCUUACCUCAAGGAUCGGAUUCCUUACUUGUUUAUGUGUUGUGCUUAUUCUCGAACACCGGAGAUGUAUGAGUUCAACAUGGAAAUCUUGAGGAGUGAAGGCGGCGACAUAGUUGCUCAAUUUCUGGAGGAUCUUCCCAAGGAGAACUGGUGUAUGGCUUACUUUAACGGCGAAAGAUUUGGUGAAAUGACAAAUAACUUGGCUGAGUCUUUCAAUAAUUGGGUGUUGCCUUUGAAGAGUCUUCCUAUUCUUGAUAUUAAUGAUGGCAUUAGAGUGAAGUCCAUGGCUUCAAUUGCUGCUCGGAAGCAGGAUGCUGAGGAAUGGUUCUCUGAGUUGUGCCCGGUGAUUGAAAAGAAGCUGAAGGAGAAUUUGGAAGUCGGAAGGCAUUGGAGAGUGAGCAGGUCUGAUACCUAUGUGUAUGAAGUUCACUGCCAGAAGUACAAUAGCAUGGUAAAUUUGGAAACUCGCUUUUUUUCGUGUGGAGAAUGGCAGCUGUAUGGCUUCCCAUGUUCCCAUGCCCUUGUAGUGAUCCAACAACAUGGUUCUUCCCCGUAUUUGUAUGUCAAUGAGCUGUACAAGGUGGAGAAAUAUCGAGAAACUUAUUCUUUCCCAAUUAAUCCUCUUCCCUCUAUUUCGAAGCAAGUGCAUGAUUUUGGUAGAGAUGCGGUGAUAUUGCAGCCGCCUUUGACUAGAAGACCACCGGGAAGGCCUAGAAAGAAGAGGUUCAGAAAAAGGAGCGAGAAAACCAGGGUGAUCAAGUGUGGUAGGUGUGGAAAAUGUGAUGGUCACAACAGAAAGAGUUGUACAGCUCCGAUAUAGGUUCAAUUCUGCCUACAUGCCUUUAACAGUGACAUGGCAAGUGACAUAGCAAGUGACUCCAAUACAGUUUGAAAUUUUGUUUUGAUUUUUCAUUUUUUUCAAUAAAUGAUAAGAAGUGCUUGUAAGGUGCUUACUCAUUGGAAUUUUUUUUUUGACUAUGAGACAGUGUAUCUGCUUUCUUCUUUUAUAA